AUGUCCACCGCAGGAUCAUCUUCUGCCGCUCCAAGACGCAUUGCUUGCGUUCAGCUCGACUCGAAGCAUGCCGACGUGGCUCGCAACACCGACACUGUUCUCAGUCUUGUCUCUGAAGCGAUAGUUCAAAGGAAGUCGACUCCCAUCCACCUUCUUGUGCUUCCGGAACUCGCACUCACCGGCUACGUUUUCAAGAACAGAGAAGAAAUCGACCCUUUACUCGAAGACGCUCGCACGUUUGAGUCUCCUGCACCUCUUGACAACGUAGCCACUUUCACUUCUGCAUGCAAGGCUUCUUGUCUCUCAGCGAAACAGCCGAGCCUGACCCUCGCUGCUCAUCUCGCCGGAAAGCUUCAUUGCCACGUCGUAAUAGGCUUCCCGGAGGUCGGCUCACUGCCGCAGAACAGCGAGGAUGCACAAGCCAGCGGUAUCACCCAUCCACCCUUCGAUGCUAGACCCAGACCCGUCCAGGAUGAAACCGUUAUCGAGCAAGCAGAUCGAGACUACGCCUUCAACUCGGCUGCCCUUGUCGCUCCCGAUGGCUCCCUCAAGCACGUCUUCCGCAAGCACUUUCUGUAUGAAACGGACGAGGUGUGGGCAUCCCAAGGAAGUGGAUUCCAAGCCAUCCAUCUGCCUCUGCUCGGCAACGUGUGCGUAGGCAUCUGCAUGGACCUCAACCCCUUUCAGUUCCAAACGCCCUUUGAAAGCUGCGAGCUCACUUCGUUCUGCAGAAACAACAACGUCGAUCUUCUCGUCAUGCCCAUGGCAUGGUUGCUCCCAAAGGAUGAACAGGAAGAGCGUGCCAAGCUCGAUGCGAAUGAACAGACCCCUGCACCGAGUCUCUCGACCAUCAACUAUUGGGCUGUUGGCAAUCGUCCCCUAUUGCUCGAUAGUCUUGGUACCACCGAGCAGGCUUGCCUCGUGGUCGAGCUGCCAGCUUGA